GCCUCUGUCCUUGAUGCGAGCGACGCUGUGGACCCCACAGGUGCCGACAGCCGGCUUGCUGCUCCUCUCAGCUGCCCACCAUGGCCUGGGGGCUGCCCAGCACCGCCAGCCUGGUGCGCUUCUGCCAGAAGCUGAACCGGCUGAAGACACUGGAGGAGUCCACCAGGGAGACGUCACUGCAGCGCCACCUGACCACGCUGGACCUGACCCUGCUGGGUGUGGGUGCCACAGUGGGCUUGGGCCUCUACGUGCUCACAGGCACUGUGGUCAAGGAGAUGGCCGGCCCUGCAGUACUCGUGUCCUUCGCUGUGGCUGGCGUGGCCUCCCUGCUGACAGCCCUGUGCUAUGCAGAGUUGGCGGCAUGUGUGCCCCGCAGGGGCUCUUCCUACCUGUUCACCUACAUGUUCAUGGGUGAGCUGUGGGCCUUCCUCAUUGGCUGGAUAUUGAUCCUCCAGUGUCUCACUGGUGGCGCCGCCAUAGCCCGCGUCUGGAGCAGCUAUCUGGAUGCCAUCUGCAGCCACCACAUCCGCAGCUUCACUGUAGCCCAUGUGGGCAUCUGGCAGGUGCCCCUCCUGGCCCAGUACCCAGACUUCUUGGCUGCUGGCAUCCUACUUUUGGUCUCUGCAUUUGUCUCCUGUGGAGUCCGCAUCUCUUCCUGGCUCAACCACAUCUUCCUUGCCGUCAGCCUGGUUGUCGUCCUCUUCAUCAUCAUCCUGGGGUGUGUCCUGGCCCGCCCGCACAACUGGAGCGCUGAGGAGGGCGGCUUUGCACCCUUCGGCUUCUCCGGCAUCAUGGCCGGUGCCGCCACCUGCUUCUAUGCCUUCAUGGGCUUUGGCGCCAUUGCUGUCUCUAGCGAGGAGGCCCAGAACCCAAAGCGAGCUGUCCCUAGGGCCAUCGCCAUCUCAGUUGCCCUGGUGGUUGGCACCAACAUCCUUGUCUCCACUGUGCUCACCCUCAUGGUGCCCUGGCACAGCCUGGACCCUGACUGGGCGCUCACUGACGUCUUCUACCAGCGGGGCUAUAGCUGGGCAGGCUUCAUCGUAGUGGCUGGCUCCAUCUGCGCCAUGACCACUGUGCUGUUCAGGUACAUCUUUUUCCUGCUACAUAUCAUCAGUGCCAUGGCCACCGACGGGCUCUUCUUCCAGGUGUUUGCCCACGUGCACCCCCGGACACAGGUGCCCAUGGUGGGCAUUCUGGUGUUCAUGGUCAUCAUGGCUUUCCUAGCGCUGCUGCUGGACCUCAAGACGCUGGUCCAGUUCCGCUGCAUCGGCGCACUGCUGGUCUACACCUUCCUGGUCACCAGCAUCAUUGUGCUACGCUUCCAAAAGGCCCCUCCAUCCAGUUCCCUGGGCCCAGUCAGCCCUGUGGGCACAGAGCAGGCCUCAGCCCCUGAGCCUGGGCAGCCGCGACCAGCCCUGAGGCCCUACCUCGGCUUCCUGGGUGGGUGCCGGCCUGGAGCUGCCGUGGCUUGGGCACUCGGUGUCCUGGUGGCCUCGGCCAUCACUCUGGACUGCGUGCUGGUCUUCUGGGACUCAGCCCUACACCUCCCUCUCUGGGGGUACACCCUGCUGCUCCUGCUCAGCUCCGUCAUGUUUCUGCUCAGUCUCCUUGUCCUGGGGGCCCACCAGCAACAGCGCCGGCAGGAUACCUUUCAGAUUCCCAUGGUGCCCCUGACUCCAGCCCUGAGCAUCCUCCUCAACAUCUUCCUCAUGCUGCACCUGAGCUCCCUGGCCUGGCUGUGCUUCUCCAUCUGGAUGCUGAUCGGACUUGUGGUGUAUUUUGGCUACGGCAUCCGGCACAGCAAGGAGAACCAGCGGGAGCGGCCGGGGCUGACUGCCCCACGCGGCAGCCUGGAGGAGACGGUGCAGGCCCUGCAGCCCCUCAGCCAGACACCAGCCCAGGAGCCCAGACACACGGGGCAGCCUGACAAUCCAUGAGGACCACUAGGG